UAACAAUAAUAAUAAUAAUAAUAAUAUGUUAUCUUGACAUUUUUCAAACGGAAGUGCCCAUGAAUUAUUUUAUUAACCGCAGCAAUAUUGAAUUGCUAGGAAUUAAAUACACAAUAAAACAAUAAAAAAAGUUUUGGGAAACGCCUUAAUGUAUUUUACUUCCGACUUAUAUCUGCAGUUAUUCAAUUUUCUAUAUAAAGAAUAAACAAAUAAUAUUCUAUAUAUAAAAUAACAAUAGGUUAAAGCCACUCAACUUGCGAUAAAAUUAAAUCAUCUAACUGAGUAGAUUGGUAAAUUAUAUAGUAAAUAAAUGUAAUAAUAAACGAUAUAAAUAUGAUAAAUUAUUUUAUUAAAUUAAUAACAGUAAAUUUAUUAUGUCUAAAUCAUAUUUCGCCACUGGAAAGAGAAAGCAUUUAUUAUUUAUGGCUAUGAAGGCGCCGAAUUAAAAAUCCGUACAAUACUUUUCUUUUUGUAGAUUAAAAUAAAGUUAAUGAGUUUAUUGCUCUUUUAAAAUCUUUUAAUAGGUAAUAUAUUUGGAUCACAUGGUUUGUUCUAUUCUUUUGCUUACAUUUUAAUCGCUAAUAAAUGAAACACUUUAACGUUUUCAUUACGAAAAAUAUGUCUUGUAUACAAAUCCGUACAUUUACUUCGUUCUGGAAAAAAAGGGUACAUUUCGGUAAGAAGGGGUUUUGUAAACCAGCGUGUGUUUGGUAAGAUUUAACAAAUUGCAACAGAGCAUGAGUGUAACGGCCUAGAAUGAGAUACAGAUUGAACGUAAGACGUUGACCUGAUCAUUAGACCAUACCAUUGGUAAGAAGCACAUUGUUCUCUAACGUUUCGGUCCGUAGUUUAUUAUAAUCGCCUUUAAUCUAACACUUGUGUUUAGUAGUAAGUCCGUUAAAAGGCAAAGAGGGAGCACGCCCGAAUCAUUCGGAACACUCGCUACUUAGAUUUUGAAUCCGUGGAGUACAUGAAGAAGCUUCCUCACGAAGACAUGGCUACCGUCGAUUACAAUUCUAUGGGGCAAGAUAUACUCCCUCCCGCUUACAAACAACCUGGAUCAAACUCGCAAAAAUUAACUAGGAUUAUAUCUUACACUGUAGUAACCAUGACUGUGAUCAUCGGAGUAUUUGUUUUGGCUGGGAUGUAUAUUAGAUCUCAAGGUCGAGAGUGUCCUUGUACAAUUCAAGAAAAUCAAUUUUCUCGGAGAAUUGACAAGUUGGCAUCUAUAGAAGAAGAACCUCUGAAUGCUGUGGCUAGCGAAGUGGUACCAAAAAAAUUAUCUUUACCUUUAAAAUUACAAAUCGAUGAUUCCGCAGGGAAGAUGCUGAAUAAAAAUCAAAAAGCUCACGUCAAUUGUAUAAUAGAAAAGCGCAAAGCCAGCCAAAUUAUAUCACAAGAACCGAAAACAUUGAUGACUCCAUUCGGUAACAUAACUUCGGAUCCAGGAAUGGUGCAUUUAACAGGAGAAAAAAUGAUAUUUUCUUGCUUUAGUGGCGUUAAGAAGAAUAAACCAAGACGUCCUAUUAAAAAUGCAACUUUUCUUGGAGAUAAGUCACGCCCAAGAAGAGAAACUGGAAAAGAUUGUAUGUGCGCUUGUGCAUGUUGAAAACAGGAAGUAAUUCUCUAAAUCAUAGAACUUUCUCCAUUCUCAUUAAGCUCCUGUUCUCUUAACCUGUAUAAUAUUUGUUAAUAAUUAAGACGAGUUU